CGAGAACAGAGACUGCAGCGGGCGCUAGAGGGGCGGUCCCGAGGUCGCGGAUCCCGAAGCCCCGGAGGCGGUGAUUCCCAGUGCCGUGGCCCCGGAUCGUAGCCAGCACACACUGAGGCAGGAAUGGCCCCGAGGCCUCCGAUGGUCACGCCCCAGGAGUCCGUGACAUUCAAAGAUGUGGCUGUGGACUUCACCCGGGAAGAAUGGCACCACGUGGGCCCUGCCCAGAGGAGCUUAUACAGGGACGUGAUGCUGGAGAACUACAGCCACCUGGUCUCUCUCGGGUAUCAAGUAUCCAAGCCAGAGGUGAUCUUCAAAUUGGAGCAAGGAGAAGAGCCAUGGAUAUCAGAGAGAGAAAUCCAGAGACCUUUCUGUCCAGACUGGAAGACCAGGCCUGACACCAAGCCGUCAAGUCUUCGGCAGGGCACAUCUGGAGGAUCCCACAGUACAGAUGUUCUGUCACGUGCCACACGAGGAGAUCUCUGGGAUGUCAGGAUCCAGAGGCACCAGGAGAGUUGGGGGAGACAUCUGGGACCAGAGGCAUCAUCCCAGAAAGAAAUAGCCACUCUGGAGACAAAUCUUGAGCAAAAUACAUUUGAUGAAAACUCUAGAUUGAGCACAGACAUGGUCCCACAACUAGACAUGCCUUCAAGUGUGAGGCCCAGUGGAUGUGAAACACUUGGAAAUAACUUGGCGUAUAACUCAGAAUUAGUUACUCGGAAUAGUGUCCUUGCAAAAAAGAAGCCUUAUAAAUGUGAUAAAUGUCGGAAGUCAUUUAUUCACAGAUCAUCACUUAAUAAGCAUGAGAAAAUUCAUAAAGAUGAUGCUUAUCUGAAUGGUGCAGACCAAGGCGUUUAUUCUGGAAGGAAACAUCAUGAAUGCACUGAUUGUGGGAAGACCUUCCUCUGGAAAACACAGCUUACUGAACAUCAGAGAAUUCACACUGGGGAAAAGCCCUUCGAGUGUAAUGUGUGUGGGAAGGCCUUCAGGCACAGCUCCUCCCUCGGUCAGCAUGAAAACGCACACACGGGAGAGAAACCCUACCAGUGUAGCCUCUGUGGGAAAGCCUUCCAGCGCAGCUCCUCCCUUGUUCAACACCAGAGAAUCCACACUGGAGAAAAACCCUACCGCUGCAAUCUCUGCGGGCGGUCAUUCAGGCACGGCACCUCCCUCACUCAGCACGAGGUCACACACAGCGGAGAGAAGCCCUUCCAGUGCAAGGAGUGCGGGAAAGCCUUUAGUAGAUGCUCUUCCCUUGUCCAGCACGAGAGGACUCACACCGGGGAGAAGCCUUUUGAAUGUAGCAUAUGUGGGAGGGCUUUUGGGCAGAGCCCAUCCCUCUAUAAGCAUAUGAGGAUUCACAAAAGAGGCAAGCCUUACCAAAGCAGUGACUUCAGCAUGGCUUUCGAGCCUACUGCAUCUCUUACUCAAGGUGAAAGUGUACUUACUGAAGUGAAAUUGCACCACUGUGAAGACUGUGGGGAAGACUUCAGUCACAUCACAGACCUCACGGACCACCAGAGGAUCCACGCUGGAGAGACGCCCUGUGACUCUGAGCAGGCACUUAGUCAGCAGUCUGUGUCUCAGCCCGGAGAGAAGCCCUACCAGUGUAACGUAUGUGGAAAAGCUUUUAAAAGGAGUACAAGUUUCAUAGAACAUCAUAGAAUUCAUACUGGAGAGAAACCCUAUGAAUGUAACGAAUGCGGAGAAGCCUUCAGCCGGCGCUCGUCACUGACCCAGCAUGAGAGAACGCACACUGGAGAGAAACCCUAUGAAUGUAUCGACUGCGGCAAAGCCUUCAGUCAAAGUUCAUCCCUUAUUCAGCACGAAAGAACACACACCGGGGAGAAACCCUAUGAAUGUAGUGAAUGUGGGCGUGCCUUUAGAAAGAAAACCAACCUGCACGAUCAUCAGAGAAUUCAUACUGGAGAGAAACCUUAUGCUUGUAAGGAGUGUGGGAAAAACUUCAGUAGGAGCUCAGCUCUUACUAAACACCAGAGAAUUCAUACACGAAAUAAACUGUAGGAAACCGAAAAUUAUGGAACCUGUAGGAAGCUUUGUCUAAAGUACUGUUCC